AUGGGGACCGCGCAAUCUGUGCAGGAGACGCUUAACGAUCUCCUCCGUCAAAGGGACAUUCGUAUUGCCCGCCAGACACUGCACAGUUUUGUUAAGGAAGUAGACCGUGUUGCUCCAUGGUAUGCGGUCUCCGGGUCCCUUACCCUCCGUUGUUGGAACAAGCUAGGGAAGGACCUAGAUGCAGAACAUAAGAAGGGCACGUUAAGAAAUGGCACUAAGGCUAUAUGGAAGAUGGUCAAAAACUGUCUAGAGGAUGAGGCUUGUUCCCUGGUCGUCAGUGAGACUCGGCAGAUGAGACUAGCCUUUCCUGUCUUUGAGGGAGAUGGGAAUGGAAGAGUUCAUGCUCAGGUAGAAUUCAGUCAGAUUAAAGAGUUGGCAGAAGCGGUCAGAAAAUAUGGGGCCAAUGCCAAUUAUACCAUUUCCCUACUUGAAAGACUGGCCCGGGAUAGGAUGACCCCCCGAGACUGGCAAGACGUGGCCAAGGCCACGCUCCCCAGUAAGGGGAAAUUUUUAGAAUGGAAAGCCCUCUGGUAUGAUGCGGCCCAAGACCAAGCCCGUGUAAAUCGCAACUCCCAGGAGGCUGCACAUCAUGCAUGGACUGCUGACUUGCUUACCGGACAGGGAGUGCAUGCUGAUGAUCAAAUAAAUUUCCCUUGGGGGGUAUACACGCAAAUCUCCUCCUUGGCCAUCAAGGCCUGGAAGGGACUCUCAGCGAAAGGGGAGUCGGGCAACCAACUCACUAAGAUUGUUCAGGGCCCCCAGGAACCCUUCUCAGACUUUGUAGCUCGGAUGGCUGAUGCAGCGGCCCGUAUUUUCAGAGACUCUGAUAUGGCCGCCCCCCUCCUAGAACAAUUGAUUUUCGAGCAGGCCACUAAGGAAUGCAGGAGUGCUAUCGCCCCACGGAAAGGCAAGGGGCUCCAGGAUUGGCUAAAAAUUUGUCGAGAGAUUGGAGGCCCUCUCUCAAAUGAGGGUUUGGCCGCUGCUAUUCUUCGUGCGCAGCGCCCCCCUGCGUCCGGUCCGCGUAAGGACAGGACCUGUUUCAAUUGUGGAAAACCGGGUCACUUUAAAAGGGACUGUCCAGCCCUUAGGCCCCCCCACGGAUUAUGCUCCCGCUGUGGAAAAGGGAAUCACCCUGCAGAACAAUGCCGCUCCGUUAGGAACUCCCGGGGCCAAUUACUUCCUCCCUUGCACCCCACUGAGUCAAAAAACGGCUUCAGGGGCCCUCGGACCCAGGGCCCGAACAAAUAUGGGACCAGGUUCGUCAAGGAAGGGGCCACUCUCCAGCCCCCCUCCGAGUCACUCAACUGGACCUCCGUGCCACCGCCACCGUCACCAUAA